GGGCUCUCCCGGGAGCGGGAGAGGGCCCUGGAUUACUACGGGCUGUAUGACGAGCGUGGUCGCCCUUACAGUUACCCCAUCGUGGCUGAGGAAGACCUGAUGCCGGAGGAUGAUCAGAGAGCGACCCGCAACCUCUUCAUCGGCAACCUGGACCACAACGUCUCGGAGGUGGAGCUGAGACGUGCCUUCGAGAAGUACGGCAUCAUCGAAGAAGUGGUGAUCAAACGCCCUGCCCGGGGCCAAGGCGGGGCUUACGCUUUCCUCAAGUUCCAAAACUUGGACAUGGCACAUCGGGCCAAGGUUGCCAUGUCAGGCCGCGUUGUCGGCAGGAACCCUAUCAAAAUUGGCUAUGGGAAAGCCAACCCUACUACCAGGCUGUGGGUGGGUGGUCUUGGUCCCAGUACUUCUUUGGCUGCCCUGGCGAGGGAGUUCGACCGCUUCGGCAGCAUCAGGACUAUUGACUACGUGAAGGGAGACAGCUUCGCUUACAUCCAGUAUGAAAGCUUGGAUGCUGCCCAGGCUGCCUGUGCGCAGAUGAGAGGCUUUCCUUUGGGUGGACCGGAGAGGAGACUCCGAGUGGAUUUUGCCAAAGCAGAAGAGACAAGAUACCCGCAGCAGUACCAGCCCGCACCGCUCCCCGUGCACUACGAACUGCUAGCUGAUGGGUACAGCAGACAUAGAAGCCUAGAGCAAGACUUGAGGGUGCGAGAUAGGACUCCUCCACACCUCCUGUACUCGGACAGAGACAGGAGCUUUGCAGAGGCAGACUGGGCCAGCCCUGCCAAAAACGUUGAACGCAGAAACAAUUUGGAAAGCUACAGCCGAUCGGUGCGUAGCCGGAGCGGAGAGCGCUGGGGCAGCGACAGCGAUCGCAGCGUGCCCAAACUGUGGGAAGAGAGGCGGAAACGCCGGAGUCUUUCCAGUGACCGCGGGAGGACUACUCACUCGCCUUACGAGGACAGAAGCAGGACAAAGGCCAGUGGGCCAGCUUUAGACCGCAGCCCGGACAGGGCUCGCAAGGAGAAUCACACUACAGAAUCCGGAGCCGAGAAAGAGCAGAGUAACUCCCUUCAGAACAAUCGUCAUGCAACUGAGGAGAAACCCCAUCGUGAGGCAUCCGAUGCUCCUCAGCCGAAAAAAAGGGACAGCGAACGCAAUCAUCGAACUGGUGAAUCGGAAUCAAAAACUCACGAGGAGCCAAAAUCUGAGACCAAAAAGCUAAAGAGUUUAUCGGAAUAUGCUCAAACACUGCAGCUUGCUUGGAAUGGGCUUCUUGUGCUAAAAAACAGCUGCUUCCCCACCUCUAUGCACAUCCUGGAGGGAGACCUUGGUGUCAUCAACGGACUCCUUAAAGACCAUUCAUCCGGCGGGAAGUUAACGCAGCUCAAAAUUGCUCAGAGACUUCGGCUCGACCAGCCCAAGCUGGAUGAAGUAACUCGCCGUAUCAAACAAGGCAGCCCCAAUGGCUACGCUGUGCUCCUGGCGACCCAGUCCACCCCGGCAGGGGCAGGGGCUGAGGGGACCUUCCCUGUUGUAGAGCCUGGCUUGCAGCGACGGCUUCUCAGGAAUCUGGUCUCCUACUUGAAACAGAAGCAGGCUGCUGGGGUUAUCAGCCUGCCCGUGGGAGGGGCGAAGGGCAGAGACAGCACAGGCAUGCUUUACGCAUUCCCUCCUUGUGAAUUCUCUCAGCAGUACCUCCAGUCAGCACUAAGGACAUUGGGGAAGUUAGAAGAAGAACAUAUGGUGAUAGUUAUAGUCAAAGACACUGCCUAGCCCACACUGUCUUUUCAAAUUCCAUGUUUUCUUUGUGUGUCACACAACCCAAUUGUUUUUAAGGCCGAUCACUUUGGUGGAGGCUCAAAACACCUCGGCCAAAGUGGUAAGACUUCUAGUUUCUAAUUAAUUUUAAUACCAUUUAAAUAGAGCCCAUUUUAUUCAUUUUUAAUAUGUGACACUGUCCGCUGUUGUUCUGUAUUUUUAUUUUUUAACUGUAUGAAAAGUUGUCAGUAAAGCCUUGUUCACUGAUGGAUUUCUAAACUUGUGCAGUAUCGUAGUUUUUAUGGCCCAGGAAGGGCUGGUUCCCUGUGCUGCCAGGAGCUGGAAGGUGAUGGUCCCAACCCGUUUAAGUUUCUCAGACCACCUCCUCUGUCUCUUUUGUGUCCUGCAAGGUGGGAGGGGAAGGGGGGUUCUUUGUGCUGUAUGAGAGACAGAAAGGUUGGUUCGCUAUAUUUUUUUUUUUGUCCUGUUUGUGUUUUAUUUCAUAAAUUUGAGUCUGGAUGCAUUCCUGUUGAUUCUCUAUUUGAGGAUAGAUGCCUCCCAGGAAGCCAGCUACCAAGGAGGCAAAUCCUGAUCAAGAAUCAAAGUGGGGUUUAUACACAACAAACAAAAAUUACAGUUAAUACUUGACGAAAAGUUUGCUACUAAGCAGUCAACUCUCUAUUCAAUUCUGUGAGGUUUGUGAGCACCUGAUAAAUGUCUUGGUUUGCUAGAAGUUUCUGGGUAGAACAAAAAUGCAUCUUGACAUUCCCAGUUUUUUUAUAAAAGGAGAAAAAAAAAACAAGCAGGAGAAAAAAAAAGUAAUUUAAGGGGGAACCCUCUUGGGCUUGUAUUAGAUGUAGGACAAGCAAAUAAAGGGCACAAAGGUUUUGGUGAACUGUAGGUGCCCAUUUGCAUAGUUGAUUAUGUUGCACUAUCUGGAAUCCUUUAUUGAAAGACAAAUGGCAAAAUUUUUUUGCUAAAGUGGAAACAUGUUUGCAGGCUUACGAAAAGAAAGAAAAAAAAAAAGAUAAACACGUCAAGCUGUCUGAAAAUGUGUUACCGCAAGUAACCUGUCUAUGACUGUAGGAAAUUCUAGAGAUCAAAAUUUGAAAUUUAAGAUGGGAUGGUUCCAUCACCUUUUCUAUCUGUGGUAUGAGACAGAUGUUCAGGAGAGAAGCCAGGACACCUGCACCUCUGCUCAGUAACAUAAGGAUGCGGUAACUCGUACGAAUUGGAGGUAAAAUCCACAUUGUUCAAUUUGGGGAUAUUUUUAUUUUUUAAAAUGCUGCCUGUAGAUUUUAGGAGGCUUACAGAAAAGUGUGUGGUAUUAAAAACACUAAAUUUUAAAGUUUCUUUAAAUUUGCAGGGUUUUUUUCUUGGGUUUGGUGGUAAGCAAGUGAACAAAACCCCGGGAGACCCAGAGUCUUGCACCAGUCUCUGUGACCAAGCAGACUCACUUGCUGACGGCUGCCAAAGGCCCUUUUAAAACUGUGCUGUCAGGGCUCUGCAUGCAGCCUCCCAGGGUGCUGGGACAACUGUUGCGCAGCCUGUACUCCAUGGCACCAUGCUGCAGUAGAGCAAAUGGGCCAAGUGGUUACUCAUGGCCCAGCCACAGAGUGAAAAGGACCAUGCUGAUAUGAGGGCAUGGGCUGGCACUGGGAUAGUCCCUGCUCACAUCACAGGGGAAAAUGCAGCAUCCAUCCUGCAAAGGCUCCCCUCCGUUGCAGAGAGGUAGGUACACAUCUUAUCCAGCUUGCAGGACAUAUACAUGCUCCUUCCAUCCCCUAAGCCAAGGUCUGUAAUGCUUGCAUAGAAGAAAUACUGCAUGGCAUCACAUAAGCAACAUGCUGUGUGUACUCAGGAAGAUUAUAGGCCUUUUUCCAAGCACAAUGCUUUUAAAUAAAUUAAUACAUGAUGCUAGGGGACAAGAUGAAUUUCCAAACACUGAGAUUUCUCUCCCCAUCCCAACUACUGACAGAAUUAUGGGCUGACAAAAACAAACAAACAAGCAAAACCCUGCUAGUCUGCAAUUCUGAAUCCCACUUUGCACCCAGCCCCUUACAGCCACCCUAUUUCCCGGCACUCUUAAACGAUGCCCCGCAAGAACAAUGGAGGGAACACAGGGUACAGGCAGCCUCCCCCACAGCUGCAUAUUUAACUUUGGUGUCCUAUUCAACUUCAGCAGCAGGGAGGCCGAGAGCCUGCCCAGGACAGGCAGAGGGGGCUGCUUUAGCAGGUUUUGGUGGGUGACCCGCAGACUGCAGCAGCCAGGUGCUGCCCUCUCAGCCACAGGCUAAGGCCCAAGUGCACUCCCUUUGUCUCUGUUCACUAAAGCUGGGGUAGGUGUGGGAGGGGAAGGAUUGCACAUAUAGUUAUGGUGGCCUGGUCAAAUUUAUGUAGAUGUUCUGGUUCUGUCUCACAAAGUAGUUGGUAAAUUUCUGAGAUAGCCAGGCCCAAAACAGCAACAGAUGCAGCUGAUUAUAGCUGUGAUAUAAUGCCAGAACAAGACAUGGACAUCUGGCACAGUUAUCUCCCUCUCUUAGUAGUAGUUGAGUACAUGCUUUAUUUUUUUUUUCCUCCUCCUGAGCAGCACAUUUUCUAAGGUAAAGUUGCAUAAGAUGCUUUUUGAUAAGGCAGAGGCUGGCUUCCACAGCUGCUGGAUGGCAUAUCCGAUUUUCAAUCCCCUCAUUUAAUCAGAAUGCUGCUCCAAUUGCUGGUCUUAAAUGCUGUAGUAAUCGCAACUCGUUCAUCUUUAUCAACUCUGUAGGGUACAAUUAUCCAUUAUAAGUUGCAGCAGAACCUUUCAUUUUAAUUAUUAACAAGCAGCCCUGGGUAAGUGCAUUAAGUAGAUGCGAUGGUGGAAGGAAGAAAAGCUAUCCCUUCUCCAGGUUAAAAAGAAAAUCCUUCCUCUUCAAGCAAUGCAACCUUGAGCCUUAGUUGAAACGAGCACAGUUCUUGGUGGAAAACUUGCUGUAGUGUCAAGGAGUGAGAAGCCUCCAGCUCCCUGUUCUGCCUCAAACCCUAUUCUGAAAGUAGCCAAAACAGAGAAAGGGUAAGAAGUUGAGUGGAUGUUAUCUGAACACCUGGGAAUAAAUAGCACAUUUAGUGGCCUUGUCCAAGCAAGCAAUGAGCACACCUACCUUCUGGUUCUGAUUCAGAACUAAGCUGUGCAGCUGUGUGCUUUACAGUGAAAUCAAACACUCCACUGCACUUUUUUUUUUUAUCCCCUUCUAAGGGCAGGGCCUCUUGUCAUGUACAAACAGGAGCACCUAGUUUGCCUUCUGCCAGUAUAGCCACAAGGCAGCCCAAGUAAUGCCAAACCACGGAUGGAUGAGGAGGCCGAAUGAUGCUCCCGCCUUCUGGCACACACCAGCAAGGUGGUGAGAGUUCUCCGCAGCUCACUGUGCUUCCCAUAGCUGAACCACAGAGUGGAUAUUCUGGUGCAUCUUUAAACAAAAUCCCAGCCUGGCAUUAGCAGCACCUUCCAGCUCUCACAGCGCAGUGAGGAUGCGGUGCCGUGCUGCCUGCAACCCCACUGAGAAUUCAAGGCUGUCAGGAAAACCAACAAGUCAGAGUUGAACCCACCAGUGCUGUGAAAUAUCACUUGGCUCUGGGAAUCCCCAUGGACUGGAGCAGCAGGUGGAGCCCACGCUCUCAGAAAUCUCACCCCUCUUUUAUUGUGCCCUUCCUUACUGCAGUCCAGCCACUAGCUACGCUGAGCUGCUCUCCUGCACGGGGCUGCGCUCCUCAGCUGCAGGGAGCACUGCUUUCACAUGGGCAUGGCUACAAUUCACAGCCGUAAACAGAGACAGGAUUUGUAUUUAAUUUUUUAAUAAAUACACUUUACAUUAAAGAAAAAGGCCUUCAAUUUGCAGUUUCCACACAGAGGGCAAAAGGGAGGGAAAAAAAAAAAAGAUUAAAAAACUUGAACCACAAAGGGCAGAGGGGAGAAAGAGGGCUCAGACUUCUAUCCCGGAUCCCCAUGUCUUCAGGAAUACCAGGCUCUGACUAGACCAAGCCAGGAUUUCAGCCUCCCACUAUAGCUGGUACCACAGCGAGAAUCUCUGCUUUAAACAGCCUGUACCUUCAGUUACCAAACACCCCCAGGGCUCUUCCCUGGAGGACAAAAGCAUCUGAAACACACUGGCGCACUAGCAGGUGUUAACACCUGUUGCUUUUUUUUUUAAAAAAUAAAAUCAUAUUUAAAAUAAAAAUAUUCUCACUCCUCAACAAUUUUAGAAACGAUGAUCCUCUUAUUUCAUUUAGCAGUUGCAUAAAAAUGCCUCUUCUUUUAAACAAUUUUUCUCCCCUGAACCUACCCCAUGGUAACAAGGUACUACAGGAAUACAAAGUUCAUCCCCUCUUUACUAGAUCACCUGCCUUUUUUUUUUGGUAUUUUUUUUGUUUUAUAUAAAACUAUUUCUGUUCUUUAGGAAAGAACUUUAUACAAAGAAAAUAUAUUGUGAAAUAUCUUCAGAAGUUUCCUUGUAGAGGAGAGUCAUCUCAGCCUAAAAUAAAAAAUA